GUAAAAUUGACCCAUCUUAUUUAUAUAUUGAUUUCUUGAACCUUCAUUCCAACCUCUAACUAGUUUUGAAUUAUGAUAUUUUGUAGGCAAAUCUGGAAAACGGUGAUAAAAUUAUCAUGCCCCCUUCUGCCUUAUAUCAACUUGUAAAUUUGCACAUGGAAUACCCUAUGUUAUUUGAACUGAGGAAUCCUUCUGCUGAAAAAGUCACUCACUGUGGGGUCCUAGAAUUCACUGCUGAUGAGGGAAUGAUAUGCAUACCAAACUGGAUGAUGGAAAAUAUGCACCUAAAAGAGGGAGACACUGUGAAUAUGAGAAGUGCCAGCCUUGUAAAAGGAAACUUUGUGAAGCUGCAGCCUCACACCAAGGAUUUUUUGGAUAUCUCCAAUCCAAAAGCCAUGCUAGAGACUUCAUUGAGGAACUACUCAUGUUUAACAACUGGUGACACUAUAAUGAUUGCUUACAACAACAAGAAGUAUUACAUUGAUGUGGUUGAAACUAAACCCUCCCCUGCAGUCAGCAUAAUUGAAACAGACUGUGAAGUUGAUUUUGCACAACCUCUUGACUAUGAAGAACCAGAGAAACAGUUGCCACCUGCUGAGCUAGAAGAUGAAGAUGUGCCGGCAGCAAAGAAAUCUCGAAUCAUCCCAUUCAGUGGUUCUGCAAGACGUUUGGAUGGCAAACCCUCAACACAAUCAGUUGAACAAACUCCCUCUUCAACGCUAAAGCAGCAGCAACAGACUGCAAAUGCAAUCAAGAGUUCCAAUAGAGCUUCUGGAAAGCUUGUAUUUGGAUCAAAUGCAAAUACACCCAAGACUCAAACACAGCCAAAGGCUUCUCUGGAAAGCACAAGUCAAGAGUCACCUCAGAAGGUAGAAGAACCAAAAUUCCAAGCUUUCUCAGGAAAGAAGUACACAUUAAGUUAAUCCUUGUUAGGCUGCUUAACACUGGAUCGUAGAAUUUCACAUUUCCGAAAUUAUUUAUAUCAUAAAAAUAUCCUAACACAAAUCACUUUUCUUUCUACUCAUCAUAAUUAAUUUUAUCAAAAUCAAUUCUUACAAUGUUAAUCCAAACAUUUAUGACUUAACUGUCAUUAAAAUUAAAAAUAUACCUUAAUUUUUAA